AUACGCGGCACUCGCGAGGACGUUAGCCCGCCGACCGCCGGCCGCCGCACACGCGUCGCGCGCGUUACCAUGUCCCGCGCCCGUUCCAUGUGUUAAACUGUUAAACUGUGCCUGGAUCACUACUCUCGUUCACUAUGGGUGAAUCGCUGCUGAAAGAGGACCCCCUCUCCAGGAUCCAGAGGGAGAUAAUAGAGGUCACAGAAAGAGAGAGAGAAUUCAAGGAAGGGCACUUCAGGGUGAAUAGAAUGAUGUCGGAGUCGACAAUUGAGAUGAACCAUCAGAAUGGUCACAUGAAUGGUGACGCGGAGAAACCGCCGCGUACAUUAAACCGCGCUGUAUCCACGUCACAGCUCCUCGGGCCCAUCGCCCCUUCGCCGCCUACACCACCGACCUUGCUGAACACAAAUGGUUACACGAGACGCUUCACACCUCAGAAUGGAACCAAAGGCAUCAUGCAGAGGUUCAUAGCUAACAAAGGGAAACUCCCUACCACGUCGCCUAUGACACCUACAUCGCCUGUCGCAUUCGCUCCACCUCUAAUCUUCACACCUUCCCCUGUAGUGGCCCCUAUCAGCCCUACAACGCCUAUCAUCACACGCACGCCCGAAGGCAAACCCGUGCGAAAAGGCUACGUACCUGUUGAGGAGAAAAUCCAAAAAGAGCUUCAAGAGAUGAAGGAUAGAGAACACGAGCUGAAACGCAUGAGGAAGAAGCAGAGGCCGUUCGAUUUGGAGUUGAGCGAUAAUGAGACCAGCUCCGAGUCUGAGGACGAAGAGAUCCCGAUGCCAGGGAAAUUAAAGGCGACUAAAUCUAUAGGGGAGCUAUAUGAAGCUUUAAAUGAUGAGCUACGGUCACCGUCUCCAAGGAACAGCUCUGGACAUGAUUCUAUAGGAAGUUUGAAGCCGGCAAAAUCCUUGGCCGAGUUGUGUGAACUCAGUCCAGGACAGGAAUUCCUCGCGCCAAGUUCUACAAGACUCAUCGCGCAGUGGGAGUCCAUCAUACAGCAGAAACACGAAACUGGUGCGGCCUAACUAGUAUCACGAGAUAUCGUAUGAUAAGUCCAAUGUGAUCGUCGCUCGGACGCGACGCCGAAAUGUGUGUGGGUUUUGGUAACUUUAUCUAGUGCGAAACACGAUACGGUACAGCGGACAGUCUAAUGAGCAGGUCGCGAGUGUGAGUGAACGCCUGGUGAAGAAAUUACAGCGGUUUUUGUCCCCGCAGACUUCAGGUGAUCGAUUUCUUUCAUCGAUCAGUCGCGGCGCGCAAUUAAUUUUCUCCCGAUCGCGAACAAUGCAAAUGAUGGUUAUCCGCAACAGCAAUUAUCUUGUGCAUGCACUGUUGGAAAGCGGCCGAUACAUGAUCCGAACUCCUCGAAGUGUGAGUAAGUUUCUUCCUAUUGUUUGGUAGCUAAAUACUGAAAAACCUGGGUGUUUUGCGUAGCUUUCCCAGUCCGCAGGCGACACGCCGCCGGCGCCAUUGUGCUUGCUGGCUUUCUUGGCGUUGUGAGAAAACUUAUCGUCGUAUUAUGAUCGUAAAAACCGAUGAUUAGCCGGGAAUUUGCUCCCAGUGCCACAAUAAAGCGAUUAAUAACGCUAUUCAGCAUGACGUGGAUUGUUUUCUGUUUCCCGCGUGUCACUGCGGCUCUGUACGUGGUCAUUGCGUUAAUACGCCAAUAAUCAUAAUUCAUCGGUCAAAAGAUUAGGGAACUUUCUACUUCCACACAGUAGGAGAUUGAUGGAUGGACUACGAAUGAGUGUUCGGCCGAAGCUGGCCUUCUAAUGUUUUGAUGCGUCGAGCAUCUCCAUUCGUGUUCAUAUUUCACUAUAAUUUAUAACUCUAAUGAGCGUUCACUUGGCCCGUCAAUGAGGUCACUAGUAUUCCUUUCAAUAUCUAGUAUUAAUGUACUUAACUCUUCACUUUAACGAGUGCCUUUGAAAAUCAGUAGUGUCAAAUAGCGUGCCUUAUUUACAUCUAGUUCUAGUGCACAGAAAUUGCUCUUUAUUUCUUUCAAUUUUAUAUAAUAUCCUAAUUUAAUCCAUUUUUUACAUUCCAUUUUACUUUAUUUAAGGAAACAGUUCAAACAAUAAUGUUAAUUUGAGGCAGUAACUGAUUAAUUAUUAUGAUUAAUUGAAGGCCGAAAGGCAUAAACCUUGACUGUAGUUUCUUGAUGUUUCUUUUUAAUUUCUUAUGCAAUGUUGUUGCGUAUUUUAAUAUUCUAGUGCAUAGGCAAAACAACCAUGUCACUAGCCUUAUAUAUAGCCAUAAAGUGCGGUGUGUGUGGAAUGGGGCAGUGUCAUAACACGUGUUAUUAUUUCAUUGAAUGAAACCGUGAAAAGGUUAAUACAGUGGCGGGUUCUGUGUUUUGCAUUUUAUACAUUGUAUUUUUUUAUGUGGGAUUGUGAUUAGGAGUAGAUUUUGUGGUUAUUCGUAGGAAUCAAUAUUUGAAACGUGAUAUGGCAUUUUCCCGAAUGGUUGGCAAAAUUGUUUUAAAGGCAUCCUCAUGUUACUCGCUACCUAUUGACGAGCGAGAAUAUAUUUAAAAUUGUUUGUUAUACCUAAUAACUCUUUAUUGGUGAACUUUACCACCCCUCAUUAGCGUUUUUCGAGCGUCAGCGUUUAGUCAGUGCUAUGGAAAAUGGUGUUGCUGCGUAGUUGCGUCGAGCAGCAGCCAUAGAGUUGACAAUACGCCGACGCUCGGGAGACGCUAGUGGUGGCCCUCAGAGCCAUCAUACGACAUUGUACUUCCAUAAUUGUCUAUUUAGAGUCUAUAUAGAUCGUGUCAUACACGAGCACGCGUGCCUUAGUUCGUAUUGCCAUGCCAUUAAAGGUUAGAUUUCUCAAUUCGCGCGUCAUCGCGAACGACACGAUAGCCAAACACGCUUAGUGUGCCUGAAUAUUGACUGAUUUCUUUCUUACAAUAAAAAUAUCAUGCGUAAGAAAAAGACGGAUGAAUUUUGUCAGCUUGGUAUACAUUUUACUAGCCAGAAUCUAGUUUUGUGUCGAUUUUGGUAACACAGUCGCGUUUCCUCAAAGUUUUAAAUGUAUUCCGCUGGGCUAUUUUAGCAUAAUAAUAAAUUAGUCAAAUUAAUUUAAUUUUAUUAGUUACUAGAGCAAAAUAAUAAUAAUUGAGAUUGAUAGAAUUAAUUGUUGCAAUAAGGCGCGGUGGUGCCAGCAUAGGAUCUUGUUGAAAUAUAUAUUGUAAUAUACAAAAUGUUCGUCGAAAUGAUUUUUGCGACAGCUGUUUAGGUAUACGGGUUAAAAUUCUUUUCGUUGGCUUAUUUCUGACCACUCUGUCACGCGUGUAUUAUUGCCUUUUCCCAAAUAAAUAAAAAAGUCGAGUGCUAUUGUAUGUAUGUCUUAAUAGCUGUAGAGUAGAUUAUAAUACACAUGGGAAAAAUUAAAAACGAAAUUUUACCACAUACAAAAAGCUACACUCCGUCACAUUAUUUGCGGACAAAAAACAAUAAGACAACGGAAAUAAUUUUGUCCCGUAUAAAAGCCAUCCUGAAUGUAUUUCUAUCUAAAAUAACUGAGAAUACAAAAAGUACAUAAUUUGUUAUACAUCUCUAUUUUGCAACACGACGUAGAGCCGGCAAAAUCGGUGAUAGAAUUUUUAUAAAGUAAAGACGCUAACCCCGAAGAAUUUCGUACAUCGACACGUCAUUUCCUGUCUCUUUCACACACGCAUAAUUUUAUUAUAUUGCUGGCCCGCUGAUUAUGCCGGUGCACGGUGGUUAAUACCACUGUGCGAGAGGGACAGCAAUGUAAUUAUGCGCGUUCGAAAGAGAUAGGAAUGGCAUGUCAAUAUACGAAAUUCCAUGAUUUGAGUGGAUACGUACUUUUGCAGCUCGCUGGACCCACUUACUAAUAUCUACAUACGUCACGUAAUAUUUUCUCAUCUGGAAAAUGUUGUAUGGGGAAACCGGAGUGUUUAGUCGGGUGACCGGCCGUUGUUUAUACUACGGGCGGGGACCGCAUGAUCUGCUGCGUCAUAUGAUACCCUGAUAAGCCCCAUGGCACACGUUCAUAAAGUGAGGCUAAGUUUUGAAAAAAAAAAAAAAGUACUAAAAAUUUAAUUGGCUGAAAAAAUUAAAAAAGUACCACUUCCGGUGACAAAAAAAGUGAAAUUUACGUCAUCGGAUACCAUGGGGGCUUAUCAAGCUAUCAGAUGACAUGACACUUUGUCCUAGACGGCAAAAGUCGCCUUUACAACCUUUUGUCCGGUACAACGUAGUGUUGCAAAUGUGUAGUUUUGUCUAUUCUGUACAAAUGUACUAUUAAAAUAUCUUUUGAAUUAUACUACAUGUAGCCCCAUAAUGGACACUUUCUCAACGUUCCGUAAAAAAUGUGAUAAUAAAUUGCCUUAAUAUUUUUAACUUUACAUUAUAUUAUAUACAGUUUUGUAAAAUACCGUUCGGACCGUUUACAAAUGAAAUGAACUACUUAUUUAUAUUGUGCAUAGUAGUUAAAUUGUUAAUUUAUAAAUAUUUAAGUUUUUGAAAUAAAUACAUUGUGAAAAGCA